AUGACAUAUCAAGAAUUUAAGGGUAGAAUUAAACUCAGAGGUGUUUUCUGUGAUGGAUAUAAAAAUGGCAAUGAUGAUUUUGGCCAUGGGACUCACGUUGCUGGUAUAAUUGCAGAAACAACAUAUGGUGUCGCAAAAUUAGCAAACAUCAUCAAUAUUAGAAUUGGUGAUAAAUUUGGAGGUAUUGCUGAUUCUGCAAUUAUAAAAGGUGUAAAUUAUGUGAUUAAUGCUUAUAAAAAAGAUAAAAAUAAAAACAGUAUUAUCAACAUGUCUUUUGGUGGUCAUUAUUCUGAAACUAUAGCUAAAUUAGUCAAGGAAUGUACUGAUAAUGGUAUUCACAUUGUAGCCUCAGCUGGUAAUGAACUUAGUGAUGCAUGCACAGUAACUCCAUCUGCUGCUCCUUCGGCUAUUACAGUUGCUGAUUCUGAUAAAUCUGAUCAAAUGUAUGAUUCUUUGAAUUAUAGACUAUGUGUUGACAUUUAUGCCCCAGAUGUAAAAAUUACAUCAGCUUUUAAAGGAAGUGAUAAUGAUAGUGUUGCUCUUUCUGGAACAAGCAUGUCUGCUCCUUAUGUUGUAGACACAGUAGUGCUUUAUAUUUCAACUUAUGGCAACUUCAUCCAUUAA